AUGAGUAAAGUCCACCUUUACGACCACUCCGCUUCGUACCACGCCAUCACCAGCAAGUCACCCCAAGGCCUCCAAUGCCUCAAGAGGCUGUUCAUCGAAUAUGACAACCCCAAUCCCAGUCGCGCCAAUCUGAAUAGUCUCUUCGCCAGAGACUUCACCGACAACGAGAAUGAGUCGGAGAGGACCUUUGGGCGGGACGAAGCCAUCGAAACAAUCAUUUCCACCCGGGCAAAGUGCUCGCGGCACCAAAUCGACUUGAAACGCGCAACGUGUCUAAUCAAUUCCGGCUCAAGCCAUACCGUCUUCUUCGAAGGAGUGAGGUUUAUGAUGUUCGGCGGCGCUCUCCAGGACGGAAGUGACGCAGAGCUGCCCGUGAUGGACGAGAAGAUCAACUGGACUAGGGUCCCCUUUGCCGGCCGGAUGGAAGUGAGAGUCAAGGAGAACAGAUUCUCGCUCAAGGAAGCCGUGGCCGAGAUCGUCAGCAGGAGGGUUACGUCCGACAACAGUGUCCUCAUCAAGAGGGACUUGGCGGCCAGAUCGAAUUCGAUGCCGUUCGCCAGCCCGGCGUCUAUGAGCACCACCCAUCUCGGUCUCCCUAGUAAUGUGUCCGAGCUGCCAGGAGUGAUUUCUGCUGGCCCAGGCGAUAUCAAGGCUCUUGUUCCCUAUGUUUCUUCGGUGAGGGGAACGCCGACUGUCACUUCAGGGAGCUCCGUCGAUGGAGAUCACUUUGGGAAGCAUUAA